AUGGACAUUGAUCGUCAAAGAUUAGGAGAGCAUUCCCCGUGUCUUCUUUUGAAUGAAAUCUCUCAAGGAGACAGCAGCAUCUUCAGCUCUGCCACAGCCCCGUUUCUGGACAAACCGCUCCCAUUCCGCGUGCUGCCGGUCCCGGCGCGCUGCGCUGCCGGCGCUGCUCCUUACCUGCCGGGCAGCGAUCGGAGCGGUGCAGCCGCACUCCGCACCUCCGCGCCGGACGGGGACGGGGACAGCGCUGCGGAGCCUCCUCCCGGAGCGCUGGGCACUUCCACGGGGAGCGGGGGUCUCGAUCCAGCUGAGGUCCUUUGUUGCUAUGGCGACGCCGCGUCUGCCGCGGCGGCCUUGCGGCAGCUCAACUCCACCGUGCAGUACGUGCCCUACUGCGGGGCUCUGAGUCCGCGCAGCGCCUUGCAGCUGGUGCGGCAGUACGACGUGGUGGCCGACUGCUCCGACAACGUGCCCACCAGGUACUUGGUGAACGACGCCUGCGUCCUGGCUGGGAAGCCCCUGGUGUCCGGCAGUGCUCUCCGGCUGGAGGGGCAGCUGGUCGUGUACAACUACCAGGGAGGGCCUUGCUACCGCUGCCUUUUCCCCAAGCCACCUCCACCAGAGACAGUGACUAACUGUGCGGAUGGGGGAGUGCUGGGUGUCGUGCCAGGCAUCGUGGGGUGUAUUCAGGCCUUGGAAGUGUUGAAGAUCGUUUCGGGGAUGGGCUCCUCCUUCAGUCGGUUCAUGCUGAUGUUUGAUGCCCAGGAAGGGCGGUUUCGCAAUAUCAGGUUAAGACCAAAGAGACCAGACUGUGCUGUUUGUGGUGACAAUCCAUCUGUCACUUGCCUUCAGGAUUAUGAGGCAUUUUGUGGCUCUUCUGCAACAGACAAAUGUAGAACUUUACAUCUGUUGUCCAGUAAAGACAGGAUAUCUGUCGAGGAAUACAAAAAACUGUUGGAUGAGCAAAUUCCUCAUGUAUUGCUAGAUGUUCGCCCGCAGGUUGAAGUGGAUAUCUGUCGCCUGGAACAUGCUGUCCACAUUCCUUUGAGUAAAUUAGAAGAAAAAGAUGAAGAAUAUCUGAAAUACUUAGAGAAAAGAAUUUGUGAAGAAAAGCAGAGAACUGAUGGCCAAACAUCUUUUCCUGUGUAUGUUGUUUGCAAAUUAGGAAAUGACUCCCAGAAGGCUGUAAGAAUUCUGCAGGAGUUACCUGACAAAGCAUUUGGUCCUGUAUUAGCUAGAGAUAUUAAAGGGGGUCUCAUGUCUUGGGCCAGUAGAAUUGACCCAACAUUUCCUCAGUACUAAAAAUUUAAAUGUUAAAAAAAAUGAAUAUUAACAGUAAAUUUUCUAGAGUUUAGUUUUCUUUGUGCAACAUCUAUAUCGUGAGUCAAAUGAGAUAUAAAUACUAUACUCUUUUUAAUAGUAUAUUUUUAAGUUAUAUGCAUUUUUAUAAAGGCUUGAUUUAUUUUUUUUAAUGUAAAAAUAUGAAACUAUUCAUGGAAAUUGGAAGAAAUAAAUUUUUUUGUUCUUACUUAAAAGUGAACACUUGGAAUGAUUGCUUAAUUGUGCAUGUGAUAAUUGAUUGUUUUUAAUGACUGAUGCAUUACUUGUUAUAAAGAGCUGUGUAUGUCUAAGUAGUUCUCAUAGAUAGACUGAAUGAAUAAGAAAUAGCUUCUCAACAGGGAGCUGCCACAGUCCUCAUCAUGUAUGCAUAGCCAUUAUACAGAUGUAGGUUCUGUGGCCUUGCUGAAGCACUAUGCAAAUUUCACUGUCUUCAAGAGAUGCUGGACUCUUGGGAGGUUAUGUGAAAAAUCAAGAGUGAGAAUCAUUAUUAAGCCCAAAUUGAUCUUAUUGGAAGCUUACCUUUCAUUCUGGCUUGAUUUAUUUGUUGAACUCUUCUCAAACACAGCAAGCACGUAGUGAUUUCUCUUUGCACCAGAAAGUGUUAUAGCAUAUCUCCAGAAGUUCGAAGAGAAGCAAUAAAACUCUCAUUUUGUAUUGCUGCCAAGCACUGUAUAAAUAUUGAUGCAUGUUGUCAUUGUGAAUAAAGAUGAUGUGCUUUA